GUUGUACCAGAGUCCGCUUGGAUUACCGUGGUGGGGUAAGAUCGGCGGGGUUUUACUGCCAACUACAAAUCAGUCGUGUUUCAGAAUCCAACUAGAUAACGUCGGUGUUUUCAAUUAUUAAUAAACUAUAGUUUAUUAAUUAUUUAAUGUUUACCAUGCUGUAGUGGAAGGUUUUUUAAUUUAAUUUGAUAAAACAUGUUGAAAAACAGAAUAUUUUCACUGGAUUUAUGUGAUACAAACCCACAAGUGAAAUAAUUGUUGUAAAUGUUACUUAAAACGCUAUUUUAUUUAUUUAUUUAUUUAUUAUUAAUGUGUAAAGUGAAUUUUUCAGUGUUUUAUUGAGUUUAUAAAUACUAAGUGGUAAGCAGUGACCUGGCUAAUGAAUAGAUGAAUUAUUAAUUAAUCAAUUCGCUGAAUUGCCGCGAUAAAAUGUUAACUUCAAGUGCAAAUCAGUAUCUUCGUCCGGAAUAUCUUACACCUUUACCGACUACGUUGGAUGCAAAAAAAAGCCCGUUGGCAUUGCUAGCCCAAACAUGCAGUCAAAUUGGCGCAGAUCCACCGGCAUCAUCAAAGUCCCUCCAUUCCUCACAAGAUAAGUCGUCUGGUAAAUCAUCAAAGUCAACGGAGCGUCUAGAAGCACGUGACAAAUCAUCUCCAAACAAUAUAAUCAACGUAACAAGUAACAGCGAAUCAAAACCAAAUUCAAAACAAUCAUCGGAAUUUCAUGAAAAAACGUCCAGUCCAGAAGAGCAACGUGCGCCGUCCAGUAAUUCGAUUACUCAAGGAAGAUCUCGAACACCCAGCACUAAAAGGUGCUCGAGCAAUCAAAGUGCUUCAUCACGCGCUAUAACACCACAAGGUCGGAAAACAUCAACACCAAAUGGUACCAGCGAGAUAACACGAGAAUCUCCUUUGUCACGAACAAGCAGCGAAGUAUCAUCGCAAAUGCAUCAAUCACUCCAGCUGGAUUCAAAGUCUCCGUACUCAUCAAAUCUAUUAUUGGAUCCAUCUAUCAAGGACUUACCACUCGGUGUGUUUAAAUCUACUCCGACAGCGGUAUCUACAUCAUCGUACCUCAGCUACCCCCUGCCAAUAGAUGUAAUGACAAGCUCCCUCAUGUCCCUACAUCAUGUACCUACGUUAAAAAACGUCAAUUCCCUUAAUCCGUAUUUAAAUUAUUCGCGGAUGAAAGGUACAAGCGCUGGUGGUCCCACAGAUUCACCACUAGUUUCACCAGUUUGUCGUGAUCCCUAUUGUACUGGUUGCCAAUAUAGCUCACAUUUACUAAAUCCCAUAACAUCAACAGCAGCACCAACUACUAGUUACAGCAAAUUAUCAACAACAACCGCAACAACAAGUGCUAGCAUUGCUAACGUCAACAGUAUUGUGCACGGAUCUUGUCCUGCUGGAUGUAUUCAGUGUGAUCAUAUUAAAACACCACCAACGAAUCCAUACGGAUCUGUAAUGAACGCACACAAUUCGGCAAUGGCUGCUUACGCACAUGCACAAUUAGCAGCACUUGCGGCUGCAUCACAAUUGCCGUAUGUCUGUAAUUGGAUCGCUGGCGAUACAAGUUACUGCGGCAAACGGUUUUCAUCUUCUGAAGAAUUGCUUCAACAUCUUAGAAGUCACACCAGUGUUACAAGUGAAUCGGGAUUGUCUUUUCUUACACCUACAGGAUUACCACCGGGACAUCCACUGUACUCCCGUAGCUAUCCGACACCACCCUUGAGUCCGCUUGCAACAGCACGUUAUCAUCCGUAUGGGAAAACCCCGGGACUGUUACAUCCAUCCUUAUCUUCCUUUGGAUUGCCCACGAUGCCACCUGCUCCGCAUCCUGUUGCUGCUGCUGCAGCGGCUGCUGCUGCUUCUUUGCCGCCAUAUUUGUCGCCUUAUGCAUUCUUUGGGCCAACACCGCGACUUGGCGCUACUUCUGGUCUACACCAUUGAGGCUUCUUUAAUUCUAGCCACAUUUAAAUAACUGUGAUUUUAGUGGAGUUUACAUUUUUAAAUUGUAACUAUUGAUUUUUGUUUUGUUAUUUAUAAGUUUUUAACGUUUUUUCUGAAGUGAUUAGAAAGUUAUAUCAGACUUGAGGUGAGAUGCAUGGAAAUUUAUUGAUGCAAAGUUUAAAUUCCACAUAAUAUGGUGAUCUAUGUCUAUUUUGAAAGGCAUGUUUUUGUGUAAAAAAAAAAUGGUUAAAUAUGUGAAUCAUUUUUAUUGAGAUUAUUUUUUAUAAUU